AUGAAGUGUCAUAGGGAAUCUCCUGAAAUACUCGAAUUGAGUAAGGUCAUUGUCGUUGGAGCUGCAUUUAGUGGAAUAUUUGAAAUUAUAAAGUUAUGUCUUGAGCAAUGUCCGGAAUUGAUGUGGGAUGAAGAAUUCACAAAACAACUGAUUGAAGGAGUUGUGAGGGCACGGCAUGUUGAGUUGUUUAGACUAUUGAAUGCAUACAACAAAAUCCGAAGAUUGAUGUACGGCUUGAAAACGAACUGCGACCUGAUGAAGGCAGUAGUAGAAUGGUCAUCAGCAUGCGUACCGGCUGAUGUUUCUGGGUCAGCUUUUCUUAUGCAAAGGGAACUUCAAUGGUUUGAGGUACUGGAAGAUGGGAGCUCUCCUUUACUUCGAAGUCUACAAGUUAAGAUGGAGCAAGAUGAGAGCGAUCCUUCUUCUGAAAGUCCGAAAUUGGAACCAAGGGAAAGGACGUACUGGGAUCGUUUUGUAGAACAGCGCAAAGAUUUGCUCCAAGAGGCAGGACGAUGGAUGAAGGAUACAUCAUCAUCUUGUAGCCUUGUAGCUACUCUCAUCAUUACAGUAGCUUUUGCUGCAGUUGUUACUUUUCCUGGAAGCAACGACAAUACAGGGAUCCCAAUCUUUUCAAAGAAGACCUCAUUCACGGUAUUCGUGGUUGCAGAUGCUCUAGCUCUCUUCUCCUCUAUCACCGCCACCUUGAUGUUCUUGGCUAUCCUAACUUCGCGCUAUGCCGCAAAAGAUUUCCUCCACUCACUACCAACAAAAAUGAUACUAGGCCUCACCUUUCUCUUCCUCUCUUUGGCCUUUAUGCUCUUGGCUUUUGGCUCUGCUCUUAUGAUCGUCCUAAGCGAACGAUGGAAGUGGAUUUACAUCCCCAUUACUUUGUUGGCUGCCGUCCCUGUCAUAUUGUUCGCAAUCCUACAGCUUCCCUUGUAUGUUCAAAUGGUUGAAUCCACCUAUUGGCCUCGCCUCUAUCGUCCCAUGAAGAUUUGGAAAUGA